UACGUCCACCGCCAAGUUCAGUCUAGAGGGAGACGCCGCGCCGCACGCACGCGCCGAGAGGGAGCUCCGUUCCGCCGACCGCCUCCCCGCUACCUCUUCCAAGCCCAGAAACGUGGAACCGAGUGAAUCACAACGCCAGAGUGAGUGCCUGUGUGCGUGUCCAUGUAUGCGGCAACACAUUAAAAUCUUGCCAGUGUUCCAUAAAAGGAGAAACAUAAAAAGCAAUAAGAGAGAAAACGUAAUAAAAGGCGUGGAAAGAGAGUCCAAGGAGGGACUUCGCUCAGAGGUGACACACGACUGCGAGCGCCCCGGGAGCAGCCGGCUCGCGUCGAGGAGGAGAAGGGGCUUUGAGGAGCACCUUGAAAACUGACAGAAUGCUGGUACCGCGGAGCUUGUGGGCGCUGAGUGUGCUGCUGGUGGGCGUGGCGAGCAGCGACGACCGAUGGGUGUGGGGCAAGAGCGACAAUCACCCAAAGGCGUCGCGGAUUCCCGGCUACGUUGAGCCCUCCACGCCCGCGCCGCCCGCAACCACUUUCCGGCCGCGGCUGCCGCCCUCCGAGCGUCAGCGCCACUUCAAGAGCAUCACCGCCCACCCGUUCUUCCUGGGGCCGUACCCGCCCUUCAGCUUCGUGCCCGUGGGAGGCCCCCGCGGAGGCCCCCCGGCGCCGCCCCGCGACGACGACGGCACCACCAAGAGCCGCGUGACCGCCGACACGGCCCACGACGACCAGCACGGCGCCGUGCUCGACGCCGACGACAAAUACACGACCCUGGACCGCCUGCAAAGCGAGCGGGGCGCGCCGCCGCCGCUGCCGCGCCCGCGCCCGCACCAGCUGGGCGGCCUCCACCCUGACGAGGUCUUCUACGCCGACGACGACCUCCUCAUCAUCAAGGGCGGCGGCUUCAACUCCGACGUGUUCCAGGACCCGCCGCAGACGCUCGACGACGACGAGCGCUACGAGCUGGAGCCGUCGCGGCUGCGGCCCGUGUCGGCGGCGCUGCACGACCGCGAGUACAACGGCAACGUGCCCGCCUUCCUGCCGCCGCCCGACCACCAGCGCCCCUUCUCCGUGUUCGUGGGGGGCGCCUCCACCAACAACCACAUCUUCGUGCCCUACGUGUACCCCCGCCCGGAGCGCUCCACGGGCCGCCCCUCGCCCGUGCCGCAGCCCAGCUCGAGCUGGCAGCCGGUCGCGCAUUACGUGUACCCCGUCCCGGCCGUGCCUUUCACCCUGCCUGGCGCGUCGGCGUCCCUGGUGGCGGCCCCGAGGCCCUCGCCGGCGGCCGCGGCCCCGGUGUCCAACCACCUCCCGGAGCCCGCGGAGGACUUCGGCGGCGUCGUGCAGCGCGGCCACCCCCUGGGCAGCGACAUCAACGUCAACUUCGGCCCGAACACCCCGCCCAUCAACCCCCUGGCGGAGACCUUCAGACGGCGUGGGCUGCGCCCUAGACUGUGAGCGCUGCGGGCCGAGGGCGACCUUGUUUGCGAGGGACCACUUGCGGGCGGCCCUGCGCCCCGCGGGCCUUAUCAGUGAGGAAUCGGAUCCGGGCCGGACUGCCACCUCCACGGAGGGCCCUGCAUAGUGCGACCGUGUGGUGGAGCUCAGAUGCCACGACCUUGCCGGCGAGAAAGGUCCAAACGGACGACCUUGGACUGCCAGACACAGCCUAAACACGUCUGACUGCGUCUCACGUCUCCCGGGCAGUCUCUCCCGGCGGCGAAAACGGUGCCAACGCAAAGAAAAGAAGCGUUCGAGUUGGAGACGGGGCCCCCACAGCGGCGCCCAUCGCACAGCCUCGCAGCAAACCACACGCCGAUUGACGAGCCACACGAGCCAGCCGCGUUGGAAGCCCUCUCGCCGACACGAAGGAUCUCCCUGGAAAACGUCCCUCGCGAAAAGGACCGUGCCGACCCAAGCCCUUGCAGAUGACAACGAAGCGAUGUCGCCGCCUUCCUGGAGGAGGCAGGGGGGGGGAGGGGAAAGGGAAAUGGGAAGGGUAGGGGAUGGGAAGGGGUAAGGGGGGGCGACAAGGGAGGGGAAUGUGGGGGGGGGUGAUAGGGAGAGGGAAAUCUCUCGGUUGAUGCAAAGUGUAUACGGAUCACACAAGUUGUUUGUUACUUCCUGUAUUCUGGUUUAUAUAUAUGAAUUUAUGGAGACACUAUUAUUACAGCUAUAAAGAACCA